GGAUCAAACAUUGUUAAAGGCCCUGGCAUUCCAAGUGCUGCACACCAACUUCCUGAAAACAUAGGGGCAAAGCAGGAGCAAGGAGAAGGAGAUGGGAACGAGAAGAAAAGUUGCGGAGGAAGGAAGCUGGUGCCAUCCUUUUGUGGAGAUAUCCUGCAAAAAGAGGGUUGUUCUAAUCAACUUUCCUGCAAUGGCAAGUGCUGCAUAUCUGAGGAGACUGGGGCCUAUGACAUGCUGUCCUUUUGGUGGAAUAUCUUGCUGGGAGAAGCUUUUGCAAAGCACUGGACACCUGAAUUCCCAGUUGGAUUGAUUUGGGGUAUUUGCAACACGUUGCUUGCAAGUGAUCUGCAGACUGAGAAGUUAUUGGCUAUUAGGUUCAACUGCCAAGAGGAGAGACCCACCUCCACUAGCCAGUAUCUGGAUUAGCAGUGGCUGGAGGGAGACAGUGGCCACUGGGGAGAGAGGUGUCAGAUUCCACUGCUGUCUCAUGCCUACAUCACCGAGCAGCACUCAGAAGGCUACAGAUGCCAUAGGAUGACUGUUUUAAGGCCUGAAGGCACUGCUAGAGCCAUCCCUGAGUCUCUGGCCUCCACAUUUCUGCCAAGAAAGCUGCCAUGUCAGAGCCAGGAGCUGCUGCCUCUCACUGGAGCAGUGACCAGCUGAAGAGUGGAGCAGCUCCAUGCACUGGAGCACUGCUCUGAAGGAGAGGAGCUCCGAGGCCUUGCCAAGUGUCAAACACGGAGAAGUCAUCUCAUGGUGACCAGGCCACACAGCAGUUUCGAUGUAUGGGCUUUCCCACUAAGUCCUUCCUACAGGCAAUCCAAGUGCAGUUGUUCACACACGAAGAGUUGUGGAGAAAUUGCUGUCUAACUGAUCCUUUGUGGACUUCCUACCAAAACCAUCCAGUGCAACAUAUGGGUUUGUUCAGAAACAUUCCCCGGAGCCCGGCUCUGCUCCUGCCGCCGCCGUGCACGGAGGAACCUGCAAAGGGGACAGCAGCUCCACGAGCCGCAGGGUUUCACAGGAGUGGCCCAGCGACGGGGUGGCCAGGGCACAGACUGACAGAGCAGCUUUGCAUCUAUGCAAACCUGAUGACUCAGGCUGGUGGUCACCUGUUGCCAGCAUCCCUCUGUUGCCAAGAAGCCUGAACCAACAUCUCCAGCCGUCGUUCCAGGCAUCGCAGACUUGCACAGUCAGAGACAGCCACGGCCAGGCAGGCGGGGAGCAACCUCAUGGAAACCAAUUCUGUAUCGUCAAGGCAGAACCAUGAGGUUUCAGAGAGCUCCCACAACUCGUUACAACAGAGGAUUGAAGCCGCUUUAGAGCAGCUGAGUGCCAGCGCUUAUCCCGGCGAGCGCACAGCAUUCAGCUUUACCCAGCCUCAGGUGCAGUGGGAUUUUGAAUUGUCCACCCGUUUGCCCGCAUCAGCAGGGGAGGUAGGCAUCAGCUUGCUGGCCCCAGGGCUUGCUGAGCUGAUGUCCUGAUUCAGCUAUCGACAGCCGUCUCUUCUGUCUGUGAUGGACGUGAACCCAUGUGGUAGCAAAGAUGGGAAAUUACUGAGAAAAAAAAAAAAAGAGACCAGCAUAAGCCAGACCAAGAAGUCCGGAGUAAACACAGCCUCAGCCGAGCAACGUACAGCUGUCAAGUCACAUCGCGGCAGUUUUCUGGAUGAUGAUGGCUUAACGAUGCUUUGGCCCAGGGGUACAUCUCCCGCUGCGAAACUGCUUCUUCAAAGCCACUUUACCACCAACCUGAAGGGAAGUAAUCAUGGCUUGUGUAUAAAUGUAUAUGACGAGAGCAAAUGCAUGGUUAUAGCUAUAGCGCAUCCAGCAGGUCGGACAAAACAGGCAAAGUCCUCUGGGUGUUUUGCUCCCUGAACAUAGAGGUCGCUGGCCAUUCUCCUCAUGAUAUUUGAUAGAAUAUAGGAGGCAGAGCCUGGGCACACAUACAUAAACCUGCCAGUGAUUAGUUAUAUACUUAGCGCUAGCUUUUUUAUAUAUAUAUAAACGUUUUAAAAACAAAAUGCAGAUGUCACAGAUCUUCUUUUGCCCCAGAAAAAAAAUGUGUGCUCUUCUCUGACUCCCAGACUAUUCAAAAGUUGUCUUACAUCUUUUGUGGGCAGAUUGUCCAAGUUUAGCUGCUUAGUCAAAGAGUUUUUGAAAGCUGUUUUGGGCAUUAAUCAUACUCUUUCUGACUGAAAUGGGAACCAAACAUGCGAGAUUCCUGGGAAAAGCCCAGCCAGAAUCUCACAGUACAAAUGAAAGGUAGGAACUGCUUUUGCUCUUGCUGGGAUAUGUACAAUCACAAAAUUCUGGCUAACAUCCAUCUCAUGAAUUAAUGCUGAAAAAUAAUGGAUUUUCUAAGUGUCUGAUUGGUAAAGUGGAGAUAGGGGAGCUGAUCCAGUAAGGCGCUGAGGCCUUCUCCCGGCCAGCAACUGUAGCAAGGUUUCACAUUCAGGGAGUAGGUCAAUUCGCUUGCACGUUUAAUGGAUGAGAUAAGGGCAGCUUACAGUAAAUUAGCUUUCUGGGUAAUAUAUGAUAUCAAGGAUGCAAAAGCCUGCCUGCUGCUGCGGGGGCUGCCGCUGCCUGCGUGCCUGCGUGCCUGCGUGUGCUUCCAGAGCAAGCCCAGGCACAGCGAUUUGGAGAUGAUGCUUUGGACUAAAAACAAACACCGACUAAAUGACCACUAAGGCCACGUGGGCAACGUGCUGCCUUUGGGAGAUGGCUGACGACGCUCUGCUCCGCGCAGUUUCAGCCGAGUCGCAGGACGCGUCUCUGGGUUGUGUCUGCGUGCACAGGGGUGCACGUCCGGCCGGCGGCAGCCUGCUCCCUCCUGCUCCUCCAGCCUGCAGGUCAGGCCAGAUUAGGCCUCUCCUAGAUCCUGUCCUGCUUUCUCCAGUUCUGCAGACCUCUGAGCCUCGGUUUCCAUGCUUGUCAUCACAAGUUUUGUGCUGCGGCGGGAGGCUCCUCUCGCGCCAGGAACCCUGCUGUCCUGAGCGCUGCGCGAACAAAGGAAAACCAGCAAUAACCAAAACCAGUCUCUGCCUUCAGGAGCUGACAGCAUCUCCCUCGUUUCUCCCAGCUUCUGUAAAUAAAUCCUUGGCGAUGUCGCUGUUUCUCAGAGGACAAUAAAAGGAGCUGUCGUCGCUCCCUGACGCUGACUUCUUCUGCCAGUGGCAAAGCCGCCUCCUCCCUCUCCCGUGCAGGGAGAAGUUUGUUAAAAAUUAGAUUGCAUCUGAGGACUGCUAAUUAUCUUAGAGGGUCUCGGUAAGAUACAGCGAAGGGACCGAAGCUGGUGCUCGAGUGUAGCCCUGCACGAGAAACGACGGCCUGGCUGGUGUCGCCGAGCAGAACGGGGCCUUGGGUGUUUUAGGUGAUGGUUCUCAGUAGGAUGUAUGGUGGUGAAGGUACUAAAGAAAGGUUGGUGCAGAAGUCUCUCGCUAUCUACACACACGCACGUGGAUUUAAUGAAUAGUCACUCCUUUGGCUUUGUCGGGUGGAGGUGUCCAGAUUUAGAUCUGCCUGACUGGAAACAAAACCUGGCCAGCUGUGCAUGCCAUUUUUGCAGAUGUUGCAGCAAAAAGAAACAGUGCACAACUGAGCAGGAGAGGUGACAGGCUUGUCUGCUUCCAGCUCUGCGGCAGCCGCUGUCUCCCGUCCUUGUAACUUGGGCUGCUUGAAAAACCAAGCAAGGUGGUGGUGGCGGUGGUGGUGGUGGUGCAGGACGGCUGUGCUGCUGGGAGCCCUUCUUCUUCCCUGGGUGUUAAACUGGCCGCUUGGGCUUUGUGGCCGCUUGAUUUGUUUCUAUGUAGAAACUUUGCAGGUGGUCUGUGCGAGCAGCGCGUGGCACGUUUCCAACGCGGCCAGGCCAGCGUGCGGAGGGCGGCUGUGGCUACGUGGCCGGGGACCAGAGCUCUUCUGCAGCAGAUCCCGAGAGAGACCGGCCAACCUGCGACUCUCUGCUUAGCAGCAAGGUAUUUCCAGUUCCAUUCACAUCCUUCCCUCUAAACGACAUUGUGCUCCCUCUUCCCCAGCCGCCGGUGCCCGCAGGAACGCAGGGCCCCUGCCCUCACCUUCCACUGCCGGCGCAGCACAGGAUCGUGUCGGAGAGUACCUGCAUAUCAGGAUGGCAACUCCAAACCUGGAGAACCAGUUACACAGUGCCCAAAAGAACCUACUGUUUCUCCAGCGAGAACAUGCCAACACGCUAAAAGGUCUGCACGCUGAGAUUCGUCGCCUGCAGCAGCACUGCACAGAUUUGACCUAUGAGCUGACUGUAAAAAGUUCAGACUUGACAGGAAAUGGUAGCUCAAGAAGUGAAGAGCUUAAAAGGAAGUGUGAAGAACUUGAAGCUCAGCUGAAAGUCAAAGAGGCUGAAAAUAAUGAAUUAUUGAAAGAACUUGAACAAAAAAAUGCAAUGAUAAUGGUGCUGGAAAAUACUAUUAAAGAAAGAGAAAAGAAGUAUUUAGAAGAGUUAAAAAUGAAAAGCCAUAAGCUAAAUAUGCUGUCAAGUGAACUAGAGCAGAGAGCGAGUACCAUUGCUUAUUUAACGUCUCAGCUGCACGCUACCAAGAAGAAGCUGAUGAGUUCCAGCGGGACUUCGGAGGGGACCCCUUCUGGCAGUCCAGUAUUGUCCAGCUAUAAACCAUCCCCUCCCAAAGAUAAACUGCCUGAGACGCCACGACGCCGAAUGAAGAAGAGUCUGUCGACACCGCUCAACCCAGAGUUUGAAGAGGCCUACAGAAUAGGGUCGGAUAGCCGGAAGCUGCUCUUGAGAGAGCCUGUGGAUGCCAUGCCUGAUCCCACGCCGUUUUUGUUGGCCAGGGAAACUGCCGAGGUACACCUUGUUAAGGAGAGGCCAUUAGUUAUUCCGCCCAUUGCUUCAGACCGUGCAGCUGGUGAAUCGCACAGUCCAGCCCGAGAGAAGCCGCACAAGGCCCACAUUGGGGUGGCGCAUCGGAUUCACCAUGUCGCACCGUCCCAGCCCCAGCCGGAGGUGGAGACGCUGGCAGUGGAUCAGGUCAAUGGAAGCAAAGCGGUCAGAAAGCACUCAGGGACAGACAGAACUGUUUGAGUAAAAUCACUGAUGAAAUGCUCUAUUCUGUUGCUGUUUAUGCACUGUGAUCCUAUAGGAUAAAUAGCACCUGCAGUAACGUUUCUUUUGAUGCCCUAUGCAUGCCAAACUUCUUCCAGAUCCAUCACUACUAGAUUAUUCUCUUCUGAUGAAACCCAAUAUGACUGUGUUCAUAUGGCGAGGUAUAUAACUACUAAAUGCUGUGGCCAAAUCAGGGGUACCUGACUGCUUGCUUCUGAGCACUGCUCCAUUUAUUGUAACUACACAUGUGGACAAAGGCACAGGCUGCAGUUUGCAUUAGUAAUCAAUAGUAGUGGAAAAGACACAACUAGAAACCUGCAGCAAUAGGUAUUGGCUGUUACCAUUUAAAAUAUUAAUGGUUCUUUUCUCUUCACUGGUAACACUUCAUACACAAAUACUAACUUUCAUGACAAAGCCUUUCUCAUGGUAGCGUUGAAAAUAAUGCAGCUGUACAUAUACUUUAAAAAGUACUAAGGAUUUUUUUUUUUCCUUCUUCAUGUGCUCUCAAUUGCAGAAUGUUCACAGUUCCUCUUUCUCAAAAGUCUGAGGCCCAGGAAGCAUUACUUGAUUAAUCCUAAAUACUUUGGUUUGUGGCUUUGUGUAAGAAAAGGGGGGGGGGGGUAAAUGUGUUAUGAAGCACUCUUUUUAAUGGCUAAUGAGCUUCAUGGAAAGACUAUGAACACUGUUGUGUUUUGAAAUGGAAUGGCUCCAUUAUGCAUUUUAGACUAAUUAGUAAACUGCACUUGUGGCACCUUCCAUACUAGCUUGAGCGCCUUUCCCAGAGAAAAUAUAACUGGCUAUCUGAUAGAGAAAUGGUUCUUCAUGAGCUAACCCGCUGGGGGUUUUGUGGGAUUUUUUUUGUUGUUGGUGUCUGGUUGGUUGUUUUUUUAUUAUUAGCUUAUUUUGUUGAGGCAAUUAUUUUUGUUUCCUGAUAACCUGAGACUCAUUCUGGGCAUCAUCAGACAAUGAUGGCUUGUAACAGCUUAGAAGCUUAUAGUGUGCCUGAAAUGUCCCUGUAAAAUGUCUGUAUUUAUUUUUAAUUUUACUGACUUAACCAAUUCAUCUGGUAACAAAACCUGGCAGCCUUGCGUUUUAUCCUUGUGUAUUGGGAAGGAUGUGUCUUCCAUUUGCCCUAUUCCCAUAUGCCUUUCUGGUGAGCAACUGAUAGCCCCAACACCUGUUAGACCACCUGGUUAUUUUGUGUUCCUAGGGAAGAAAGGCAUAUUGAGAGCUGUGUGAGUCUGUAAUUUUGGAGAAGGCGCUCAAAUUUGAUCAUUUUUCUUAAAUUCUGAUCUGCAUCUCCGGCUCACCUCUGCUUUGCUCUUGCCUGCAGCCUCUGAGUAGGACCAGUGAGAAACAACAGCUCCCUAACGCUGCUAAGCUUAUGAUGUGCCUUCAGAAACUUGAAACACAUGGUCUUUGUUAAAGCUGAUGAAGGAUCCCUACCUGCCCUCUUCCCUUCCCCUUGCCAGCUGUAGUCUGCCCCUUUCUAAGCUUUUUCUGCAGCUGUGUGUUGGUGUGUCCCCCCCCCUGCCCUGGAGCCUUGGAUAACUAUGUGUCAGCUUCCCCAACAAAGGCACUGGCAGGAGUGAAGCUAACUGUGGUACUGCUAAAUUUCCUGUGCAGCAUGAUACCUUAUAGCAGGGCUGUUCCCCAUCAGUGAUGGUUUGGAAUAGCCACUCGCCCUAAAGCCCCGUCGCUUGAUAUUUUGAAGCCCAGGAAACACUCUUUGGUCUUGUACCUUGCCAGUUGUGUGGUAGGUUUUGUUUUAUAAAUGGUGAGGAGGGAUAGGGAAAAGCUGUGUUCCUGGAAAAUGGUUGGUUAAAGAAAGCUUGUGAUUCUAUGGUUUUCCAUUUUUAAGUGUAUUGAAUUAACCAGCAGUGGUUUUGACUUUUUCGUUGCCAUAUUUUUAUGGUGAUCUGUUGUAUGACUGAACUACCCUGCUACUUGUUCAAGGAUGAUGGAAGGCAUCUCUUCUAAGCACAGCAGAAGGGAUGCUUUGGGCAAUUAAAAACACUUCUUACAACCCUA